GAUUUAGAUAACAACCUGGCUGAGCUGACGAAAGAGUUUGAAGAGGCAACUUCUGCAAAGCUGAGAUGUCAGCAACAGGCCGAAGCCACUGCCGGCACUAUCUCACUAGCUAACAGACUGGUCGGUGGUCUUGCCUCAGAGAAAGUGCGUUUGGACGGAGUCUAUUGAGAAGUUUAAACAAGAGGCAACGACAUUGGCUGGCGACGUGCUCCUAACGUCAUCCUAUCUGUCGUAUGUAGGCUGCUUUGGACGCAACUAUCGUACUGAUCUACUGGAGACAAAAUGGAUGGAGUGCCUCAAGACUAUACAGACCAAAUUGGCCAAUCCUCACUACAAGCCUGAGAUGCAGGCCCAGGCCACACUCAUCAAUUUCACUGUGACCAAGGACGGACUGGAGGAGCAGUUACUGGCUGAGGUGGUUGCCACUGAGAGACCUGAUCUCGAGAGAACGAAGGCUGAGUUGACAAAGCAGCAGAACGACUUUAAGAUCAAGCUCAAAGAGUUAGAGGACUCUCUGCUUUCUCGUCUAUCUUCUGCUGGAGGUAACUUCCUUGGUGAUACGGCACUUGUGGAGAACCUGGAGACCACUAAGAGGACUGCUGCUGAAAUAGAGCAAAAGACAUUCAGUGUGGUAUUUCAUAAAGCUAUUGAGAGAGCUGAGGAAUCUGAUGAUGUUAAGCAGAGAAUACUGAACCUCAUUGACAGUAUUACGUACUCUGUGUUUGUGUACACCACCAGAGGCCUUUUUGAGAGGGACAAGCUCACCUUCACCUCUCAAGUCACAUUCCAGGUGCUUUUGAUGAACAAUCAGAUUGAUCCUUUAGAGCUGGACUUCCUCCUGCGAUUUCCUGCAGUCCCCAAUGUGACCAGCCCCGUUGACUUUCUCUCUAACUUCUGCUGGGGAGGAAUCAAGGCUCUGUCAAAUUUGGAACAGUUUAAGAACCUCGACAGGGACAUUGAGGGUUCUGCCAAACGUUGGAAGAAGUUUGUGGAUAGUGAGUGUCCAGAGAAAGAGAAGUACCCUCAGGAGUGGAAGAAUAAGAAUUCCCUACAGAAGCUCUGUAUGAUGCGGGCAUUAAGGCCUGACAGAAUGACCUACGCUGUCACAUUGUAUGUUGAGGAGCAACUUGGUCACCGGUAUAUUGAGAAGUGAACCAUCCCAUUCGAGGUGUCCUACGAAGAGACCGGGCCUGCCACACCUGUGUUCUUCGUGCUCAGUCCUGGGGUGAACCCGCUUAAAGAUGUAGAGGCUGUUGGGAGGAAGCUCGGGUUCACUCUAAACAAUGGCAACUUCCACAAUGUCUCCCACGGGCAGUUGAGGGGAUAAUCAUGAGAAGUUACAUUGAGGUUGUAUGGUCGGGCUAUAAUAAAUUUAUUGUUCAGACAUUAACUAGAAAUGUUCGAAGCCCAAUAUUUGCAUUAAAGUGAUUUACAGAAUCUGAGCUACGAUGGCAUAGAGUUCUUUCUGCACAGAAGUCUUGUUAUGUUUCUUCGCUUACAUAAUUAUGCCUCGGUGCGCAUGUGCAAGCGAGGUAUACGGUAGUGUGUUUGUCUGUCUGUCUGUCUGUCUGUCUGUGUAGACUGCUACAGCUGCUCAAGGACCAAUCAAGUGCAAGUAAGAGUUUCUAUAGGCUUCUAGUCAUGUAUUCUUGGAUUUUAAUUCAUGGAUUUGCAAAAUAAUACUUCGUUCUCUAGUUUUGCUUACUUGGAAUGGCAUUGAAGCCUUUUCAGAAGAGUGCGUAGCAAACUUGUUCACCGAGUGUUGCUAAUCUACCUAGUCGUUAGCUCUGCACUAGAACGCUAGCUAUAUAGCAAGAGUGAGAAGAGAGCUGCAAGGCUCUGCUGAUGCAGCCCAUUGAUUAGUCUAGAACUUUUGCCAUGGAUCGCUUUUAACAACAAUCAUGGUCGAUCAUUACCCAGUCUUCAGUUUCCGUGAUUCCUGAAUUAAUUAAUCAUAAUGUGUGUAUAAAAGCUAUUAGUAGCUUUAUGUUAUGUAGCUUUGGCAUCUCCACCGAGGCAUCAGCACCUGCGGGUGCUUUCAUUAUGUCAGUAUUUACAUGUAUGUGGCCGGGAGAUUCAAUUAAUUUUGAUUUUAGGGCCAAGAGAUAGUCGCUGAAAAUGCUCUGGACAUAGCAUCAAAGGAAGGACACUGGGUUAUCCUGCAGGACAUUCAUCUGGUGGCCAAAUGGCUCUCUAAACUGGAGAAGAAACUAGAGACGUACAGUGAGGGGAACAGUGAGGGGAGU